UAUAUGCAAUACUGAAAGCACAAUUGUGGCUUUCGGAGGGUUGGGGCUGCAAAACAAAAGGCAUAGACGUUUCAAGCUCUUUCUGCUACUAUCUUCCCUCCAAGUAGCAGCAGCAGCAAACAUUUUGUUGAGCCUUUCAGUAUCAGAUCCGUAGUCCUUUGUCGCCCCCCAACACACACGUGAUGAUGUAAAGAGGCGCUGGUUAAUAAAUAGGAUGUGGCGCUCUCCUUGGUGCUGGACAGGAUCCCGGCUUGUCGGAGCUACAGUCGGUCAACAAAGUAGGCUUAGCAGCAAGUAGAUAGAUGCCUCACUGGGAGCCCACAGCACAACUGCAAAUCAGUCCAAGAAAUGCACCACUUGAUAAAACAGCUAUUUGUUCGCGCCUCGCAGCACUUUCUAGUGGAGUAUUUCAAGGGGUUCUAUAUAAGGAGAGAUCACCUUUGCUGAUAAGAAGUGCGGGGGAAACUAGCAACGAUCUAUGUUAUGUGAGGCUGUGUUCUGUUGAUGGAACAUUUGGACAAAGGGGGAACUCGUGAGAUCAUAUCGUGCUGCUGUGUGUAACAGAAUGUAUGCUGCCAGAAAGCUACUGUUCUCAGUCUGCCUCUUGUAAAGUGUGUGGGUGUUCAUAUCUGUUUCCUGAACAUUCCCUGGAUUUCUUCUAACCUUCAGAAUAAGAUGAAGUCAGUCCUUGAUGGCCUUGCAGACACUACCUUUCGGACAAUAACUAUGGAUCUUCACUACCUGGGCUCUAAUGACGUUCAUUAUGAGGACACCAAAGUGGAUGUUGACCAAGCUAAGUAUGCACAUUUUCCUCAAAAAAUGCCGUUCUCAUCCCUGAAAGGUGACCCAUUCAGAGACCGGCUAAGUAUUGGAGAUAAUCCUUUAUUAAAUUUUAUUCCAUUGGAUCCAGUAAAUAUCACUGAAUUUUACAGCAACAGAUCUCUCUCACACUCCAAGGACAGUAAUGGAGAUAUACACUGUGGUGAAAAUUUUAUGGACAUGGAAUGCUUCAUGAUUUUAAACCCCAGCCAGCAGUUAGCAAUUGCUGUCCUUGCACUUACAUUAGGCACAUUCACAGUAUUAGAGAAUUUAUUAGUAUUAUGUGUUAUAUUGCACUCCCGCAGCCUCAGAAGUAGGCCUUCCUACCACUUUAUAGGUAGCCUGGCAAUAGCUGAUCUCCUGGGAAGUGUAAUAUUUGUGUAUAGUUUUGUGGAUUUUCAUGUGUUCCAUCGUAAAGACAGCCCCAACAUCUUUCUAUUUAAGCUGGGUGGUGUGACUGCCUCUUUCACUGCAUCAGUUGGUAGUCUGUUCCUCACAGCUAUUGACAGGUAUAUCUCCAUACACAGACCACUGGCUUACAAAAGAAUUGUUACUAGAUCAAAAGCAGUAAUAGCAUUUUGCGUGAUGUGGACUAUUGCAAUAUUAAUAGCUGUGCUUCCCUUAAUGGGCUGGAACUGCAAGAAACUCAAGUCUGUCUGUUCAGAUAUUUUUCCACUAAUUGAUGAGAAAUAUCUGAUGUUCUGGGUUGGGGUGACCAGCAUCUUACUGCUGUUUAUUGUGUAUGCCUACAUGUUCAUUCUGUGGAAGGCACAUUCACAUGCCAUGCGCAUGUCACAACAUGGGACGCAAAAGAGUAUGAUGGUACAUGUGACAGAGAAUGGCAAAGUCCACCUUACAAGACCUGAACAAACCCGUAUGGACAUAAGACUGGCUAAAACUCUGGUACUUAUUUUAGUUGUCCUUAUAAUUUGCUGGGGCCCGAUCCUGGCGAUCAUGGUGUAUGAUGUUUUUGGCAAAAUGAAUAACUUUGUCAAAACUAUUUUUGCCUUCUGCAGCAUGCUGUGUUUAAUGAAUUCUACAAUUAAUCCCAUCAUUUAUGCCAUGAGAAGCAAAGACCUACGGCAAGCUUUUCGGAAUCUGUUCCCCAUUUGUACAGGAACAGCACAACCUCUAGACAACAGCAUGGAGUCUGACUACCAGAACAAGCAUAAUUCAGGCAACAGUAACAGGGCUGCAGAAAACUGUGUCAAGAGCACGGUGAAAAUCGCUAAGGCCACCAUGUCUGUUUCUACAGACACUACUACUGCUGAAGCACUGUGAAAGGGUAAACGACAAACAAACUACUUAAGAAAAGACAUACAGCCUAAUUAUAUACAACUGCUAAAGCUGUCAAGCUGUGUUAAUAACUUUUACAUAUUCAUUUAGAUGAAACAUUAUGAUGUAGUAUUCUAAAACCAUGUUAUUGUCGUCACUGACUUCUCCAUUGUCUAAUGUAAAAAUGUGGUGACUUUCAUAGAUGGUAAUUUGAAUCACAUCUAGAAACAAACUAAACUAUAACAGAGGACUUCAAUAUGUGGGUGUGCACUGGACAAAAGAGAAGGUUAUUGUAUUUCCUUCUCAUUCAAAAUCGUGUAUGAAGGAGCUUUCAUUAAGAUUUUGCCAAACAGUUAUAUUUUUAACUUGAGUAUUUUUUUAGCACUGGAUAUCUUAUCUGAUGAAAAACUUUCCCACUGUUAUUUUUCAUGUGCAUAUUGAUAAUUUGUCAGUCAAGCUGAGAGGAAUAGUUUUAAAUGUGAAAUAUUCAGGAAGAAUAGCAAAAGUUAAGAUACAUCUAAUCGUUAGACUUCAGAAUUUUGUGAUGCGGUCUGUUGUGGGACUUUACUCACAAAUGCAGAUGCUGUUGCUUUCAGAGGCUGUUGCACACUCAUUAUAACAAGAUCUAGCCUGAAAAAGCCAACACAGCCAAAUGUAAGGACACUGCCAGAGGAAAGAGAUAAAGAGAUCAUUGCUAAGAAAAGUAUGAUACAUCAUACAUGUCUCUUCAAUAUGUCUCCUUGUUUGUUGUUAGAUUACAGGUAAAUAUUCAUAAAAAACGGGUUCUGUGGCAGCAAGAGUGAUCAUUUAUUUUGUUUAUGAUUUAUGUGUGUGUGUGUGUGUGUG